AUGUGUUUGUGCGUGAGCCCCCCCUGCGCCGACGCCGCCGCCAUCUUCCCCUGCCGAUGCUCCAACACCUCGGCGGGAAUCGUGACGCUGAGCUGUGACGGCGUGACGGAGGCGAGCGUGGCGGCGAGGGCACUGCAGGCUGAGGGCUACGGUGCCAAUCCCCUGGGGGCAUUUCACCUGCGCUACGGCACCGUCACCGCCAUCGCCGCGGACUUCUUCGGAGAGAGGUCCUUCGAGGAGGUCCUUUUGCACCACAACCGCCUCGAGGCCGUGGAGGCGGGUUCCGUCGAGGCCAUGAAGGAGGACUUGGUUACGCUCGACCUUAACAGCAACCGACUCACGCAACCGCUUUAACGCAGCUGGUGGGCUUCAACAAACUGACUUCCUUCGGCCAGUCAGGCAACCUCCUGACGGAUCUGACGGCCAUGGCUGAGCUGACGGCGACCUUCCCGAGUCUGAAAAACCUCGAGCUGGCGGGAAACCUCAUCGGAAACCUCCCGGCGCAGGUUUCAUUUUCGCGG